CUUGGAAGACCGCCGUGCUGUGUCUCGUGUUGGGCCGCUUCUCGCCCUUGGCCGAAAAUAAGGCACUGCAUCGUCGUCGUCGCUCGCUCAUCGCCUGCCGCUCUGCUCUUUGCUGCCUGCCUGUUGAUCGCGUCUGUAUUCUAGCUCCGACAGUCCUCUUGCCGCCUUUUGGCUCGAACAGAUCGUUGCCGUCCUCUCCUUGGCCUUGGCUUACGUCGACGACGGCUGCCUGCCUGCCAUUCUUUCCGUUCUCAGUCGUACACAAUCUUUUCCUCCUGACCAUCACCACCACCACCCGCCACCUCCUCACCCGCCCAUCUACGCCCCGCCCCAUCACCCUAGACAUGAUGGCGCUCGGCCGUCAGUCAUCGCGGGCAACUGCCCUCGUCGCCCUUGUCGGUGCUGCUACCAUGGCUUCUGCCCAGUCAACGGGCAGCAGCAACCCGACCUCUGGAGGCUCCACCUCUACGGUGCUCCUCGCCCUCGCCAUCAACGCGGCAAUCGCAGCUGGAAUGGUCACCGCCUUCAUCAUCCUGCGACCCAGGUUCCCCAAGAUCUAUCGCCCAAAGUCGUUCCUUGGCCCCAAGGAGGAGCGAGUUGAGCCUCUCCCCGACAGCCUCUUCGGUUGGAUCAUGCCCUUCUACAAGCGACCUAGCAAGGCCAUCAUCGAGUCCAACGGUCUCGACGCCUACAUGUUUGUCAACUACAUCGAGAUGAUGAUCUGGAUCCUCGGUCCCAUCUUCAUCUUCACCUGGAUCCUCUUGCUCCCCGUCUACGCCGCCAGCACCAGCGGAGACAAGACUGGCUUCCAGCUCCUCACCUUCGGUCAAGUCGGUAACGGUCCCACCGAGCAGAAGCGCUAUGUCGCUCCCCUCCUCGCCCAAUGGGUCAUUACCUUCUGGAUCUGCUGGAUUGUCCGCAAGUAUGUCCUCAACUUCAUCAAGCUGCGACAGGACUUCAUCGUCAGCCCUCGACAUGCCAGCACCGCACAGGCCCGCACUCUCCUCAUUACCGGAAUCCCCAACGACUUCCUCGGUGAGCAGAAGCUCAAGGAGCUCUACAGCCACAUGCCCGGCGGUGUUGAGCGAGUCUGGCUCAACCGUGACCUCAAGGAGCUGCCCGACAUCUUCGAUGAGCGCACAAAGGCUCUCAACAAGCUCGAGGCCACCGAGUCCAAGAUCAUCAAGACGGCAUACAAGAAGGUCAAGAAGAACAAGGUCGCAGAGGGUGGCAUGGAGGCGGACGACGCCGUUGACCGCUACCUGACCAAGAAGGAGCGUCCCACGAUGAAGGUUGGCGCCAAGCUCGGCUGUCUUGGCGGUCAAAAAGUUGACGCCGUUGAGCACUUGCGAUCGGACAUUGAGCGUCUCAACAAGGAGCUCGCCUCUCGCCGUGGCGACGAGACCGACUACACGCCUGCCAACGCCGCCUUCCUGCUCUUCCGUACUCAAGUCGGUUGCCACAUGGCCAAGAACAUGACCGUCCACCACGAGCCCUACAAGAUGGCCCGUCGCUACAUUGAGGCCCACCCCGACGCCGUCAUCUGGCCCAACUUGAGCAUGAACCCCUACGCUCAGAAGAUCCGCACUGCCGCCUUCUGGGCUCUAACCUUCGUCUUCAUUGGCGUUUGGCUGCCCUUGAUUGCCUUCACCGCCAUCGUGUCCAACCUCAACGGUCUGUGCACUGAGGUCCCUUUCCUCAGCUGGGUCUGCCUGAUCCCCAAGCCAGCUCUCGGUAUCAUUCAGGGUUUCCUUCCCACGAUUCUUCUGGCUGUCCUCAACAUCUUGCUUCCCAUCAUUCUGCGCCUCUUUGCUCGUCUCUCCGGUCUUCCCACCCGCACCGAGGUCGAGCUGUCUCUGCAGCAGCGAAUGACGUGGUUCAACUUGAUCGACAACUUCCUCCUCUUCACCAUCAUCUCUGGUGUCUCGGGCGGUAUCAGUCGGAUUGUACCCAUUCUGUCCAACCCAUCCGGCCUUCCUAGCUUGAUCUCGCAGUACAUUCCUCUCGCGAACAUCUUCUACAUCUCCUUCAUUAUCCUUCAGGCCCUCUCUGGAGCUGGUGGUGGCUUGCUUCAGGUCGCCGGUCUCGUCAUCUACUACAUCAAGGCCUUCCUCCUUGGCAGCACCCCUCGCAAGGUCUGGCACAUCCACCACGACGUUGGAGCACCUGCUUGGGGUACGCUCUUCCCGGCCAUCACCCUCAUCACCACCGUCACCUUUGGUUACGCUGUGCUCGCGCCUCUCAUCAAUGGCUUCGCUUUUGUUGCCUUCAUCCUCUUCUUCAUCCUCUACAAGUACACGGCAACGUACGUCUGGGACAUGAAGCCGGCCAACGAAACGUCAGGUCUCUUCUUCAUGCAGGCCAUCAACGCCUCCAUGGCCGGUCUCUACGUCUCACAGCUCAUCCUCACGGUCCUUUUCUUCACUGCCCAGCAGAGAAACGCCGACGGCACCAGCAGCCAGUCGUCGAUCCCAGAGGGUGUCUUCAUGAUCAUUCUCAUGGUCCUCACGGUCGCUUUCCACAUUGUACUCUUCGACUCUGUUGGUGACCUUCCCACCGCUCUGCCCCUCACGCUCCUCCCUGCCGCCUCAUCAUCGUCAUACAGCGACCAUGCAACUGGCAGCCACGGAGCCUACGGCAACGAUGGCUACUCUCCUAACGAGAAGCAACACGCCCUGCGCCAGAGCGAGUCGACCGCCUACGGUGGCUCCAAUCCUGCCGCACCUGCCGUCCCCGCCACGGGCGUCAACGUCACCCACGGUGCUCGCCCUCCAGUCAAUGGCAACGGCCAAUACGGCAACGGCGGUGCCCCGACCAAGACCAUGGGCAGCGAAGGCGGCGACGAUGGAGCGUCUGAGGACACAUUCCUCCACCCGGCCCUUCGCGACCCGCAGCGCACCGUCUGGCUGCCGCGCGACCGCUUUGGCCUGUCGGCGCACGCUGUCAACCGCGCUCGCGAGCACGGCAUCGAUGCCACGGAUGAGGGGACGGGCUUCAAUGAGAAGAACCGCAUCGAGACGGAUGUAUACGUGCCGCCCGGCGAAAAGAUGCUUUGAGCAUGGCGUUGACGUCCGAGUACGCAUCGCCUACGAGAGCGAGCCGUCUGACGGGAAAGGGACGGAGGCUAGCUACCCAGGGCGCGCUCUUGUGUCCAGUAUUCCCAACUGCCUCCUCACCCCUGCUGCGUUCAUCGUAUCAUGGAUGCUCUCUCUCAAGACUUCUUGUUGCCCUGCAAAGCUUCGUCAACAACAAUCCCCGCUCACCCCGCCGCCACCCCCAUAUCUAUUACCACAUCCCCUACCACUUUCUUCCAAGAAUUGUCGCUAGCUACCGACUUGCUCUUUUGUCGCUCUUCUAACAAUGAUUACGAU